CUUUUAAGUUUUAAAUACCUACUAGUUCCUAGACGCUUAGUGCUUCGAGCUUAGUAACUAGGGCGCGCCUACCUAUAGCAGUAUUAUUUAUAUUUUUAAUUUUAUAAUUUGUCAAUUAGUCUUAAAUGUGAUUAGUUUUACUCAUUUACAGUAAUUAAGUGUAAUUUAAUUGUUAUCUUAAUUUUUUUUUACAUAAAUAUCUGUACAUUUCAAUGCAAUUCAAAUAGUCUUGUGUAGGACACGUAAAAGUUUACAACUGAGGUUUCAAUAGUCUAAAUUAAUACCUCAAUUAAAAUGGCUAAUGAAGUAUAUAUUGUAUCUGCCGUCCGUACACCGUUAGGUUCAUUUGGAGGUUCAUUGUCGUCUCUGAAAGCUCAUCAAUUAGGCAGCAUAGUUAUUUCAGAAGUACUUAAAAGAGCUAAUGUCGAUUCAAAGGAUGUAUCUGAAGUGAUUAUUGGACAGACCCUUACAGCUGGACAAGGUCAAAAUCCAGCCAGACAAGCUUCAUUAAAUGCUGGAAUUCCAAUCAGUGUACCCGCUCAUGUUAUCAACAUGCUCUGUGGAUCUGGGCUAAAGGCUGUGGUUCAUGGAUACCAGUCAAUCAAAUGCGGAGAUUCUUCAAUUGUCGUUGCAGGUGGCCAAGAGAGCAUGAGUAACUCUCCUCAUGUUAUCAAUUUACGAAAUGGUGUCAAAAUAGGUAAUGCAGAAAUGAUGGAUACGAUGCUAUGUGAUGGAUUGACAGACGCAUUUGAGAAUAUACACAUGGGCAUUACUGCUGAAAAUAUUGCCGAACAGUAUAAUAUUUCAAGGGAACUUCAAGAUAAUUAUGCUUUUGAGUCUCAGAAACGGACAGCCGAAGCUCAAAAAAAUGGUUAUUUCAAAGAUGAAAUAACACCAGUUGAGGUGAAAGUACGACGAAAUACCAUCGUAUUUGACACAGAUGAAUAUCCAAAAAAUGAUACUACUUUAAAUUCAUUAUCUGCAUUGAAGCCUGUUUUUAAACCGAAUGGUGGUGGAGUCACAGCUGGUAAUGCAUCAGGAAUAAACGAUGGAGCUGCAGUAGUACUUUUAAUGAAUGGAGAAGAAUGCAAAAAACGAGGUUGUACUCCAUUGGCUAAAAUUGUAGCUCAUGCUGUGUGCGGAGUUGAACCAAAAAUAAUGGGUAUGGGCCCAGUACCUGCUGUGCUUAAGACGAUUGAAAAAGCUGGUUGGACAAUGGAUAGCGUGGAUAUUUUUGAAUUAAAUGAAGCAUUUGCCGCACAAUCAAUAGCUGUAUUGCGUGAUUUAGGAUUAAAUUCAGAUAGAGUAAACAUCCAUGGAGGUGCUAUUGCAUUGGGUCAUCCUAUUGGAGCAUCUGGCGCACGAGUAUUGGUAACGUUGGUGCACAUAUUGUUGAGGACUGGCAAAAAACGAGGCAUUGCAUCCUUAUGUGUUGGCGGAGGUAUGGGUAUUGCUGUUGCUGUCGAGACUUUAUAAUCAUUGAACGCGCAAUUGUUCUCUGUGCAGGACAUUAGACUGUUACAUUACUGAGGGAAUAUUUAUUUUAUAUCAUCUAACAGAGGAAAAUUAGUUUAGCUGAAAUCAGGGUUGAUAAUUUUUUUUAAUCUUGUAUUCUAUUUAAAAUAAAAGUCUCGUUUAUUUUGUUAAUGGGUUAUGGGCUAUGACCGAGUUUUCAGUGUUUAUUAUUGUUAAUAAUUAUAAUCAUUAAUCAAUUUUAUAACCAUUUUAGAUUAUUGUUAAUUUACAUUGAAAUAAUAGUUUAUUGAAAUUCAUUUUUAAAAAUGUUAUCCUGUAUUCUAAGCAUUGCAUUUUUUAAAUACACCAGUCCAAUUAAGAUGUUGUAAGUUGAUACAUUUAAGCAAAUUGUAUACCAAUUAAUUUUAAUAUGUAUAAAUAUUACAUUUUCAUAGAAAACAAUUUAAUGUGUAAUAAUUGAGUAUUCAUACUUCAUAAUGUAUUAGUGUUUUUUUUAUAUCAAUGUCAGUGUAAAAUUAUACUUAGAUUAUUAUCUGAAUAAUAGUCACAGUAUUGUCCUUAUCAAAUAUACCAAAUGUGCCAAAUA